AUGGCAUCAAGCAAAGAGACAGCUCAAGGGGCUGAGAAGUCAGCUCACGAUGCGCAGCAUGUUGAGCAUCAUAUCGAGGAUGAACUCAAGCCUACUGAGGUCGUCAUUGAUGCUGCCACCAAAGGUCAAGCGGUGUCCGGAUACGAACAUUUGACGCUCUGGGAAACCGUCAAGACCUUCAAGAUAGCGACACUGAUUUGCUUCGCCGCCGCCUUUAGCGCAGGCAACGACGGAUACCAGAUUGGUAUCAACGCCAGCAUCGUGGCCAACAAGGGCUUCGUCCGACAGUUCGCGACCAAACUCGAUGCCAAAGGCCAGCCAUACCUCGAGUCACCCAUAUUGAGCGGCUGGGGUUCGAUCAUGUCAGUUGGCCAAGUGGUUGGUACAAUAAGCAUUGCCUUCAUCUCGAAUCGAUUCGGCAGAAAGAUGUCCAUGUACUGGUUGUGGAUUGUGCUGGUCGCCAGCGUCCUUGCCGAGUCGCUUGCAAGAACUUGGCAAGUCUGGCUGGUGGCCAAACUUCUUGCAGGUAUCGGCGUAGGAAGUCUACAGGCUACAAUCCCACCAUACAUCUCCGAGGUUGCUCCCACCAGAAUCCGCGGCGGCUUGUUGAUGCUCUACACUUUUUGGUGGACAACAGGGUCCUUCUUCGCGCAAAUUGCUCUGUUCAACAUAAACUCCAACACACCCUACAACUGGCUCACGCCUAUCUACACACAAUGGGGGCAAAUUGGUGUUAUGGCGAUCAUCUUUUUCAUUAUCCCCGAAACGCCCGCGUGGUACGCUACUCACGGCCAUGAAGAGGCCGCCAAGAAGAGCCUCCGCUGGAUCCAUAGAGAUGUCCCAGGAUACGACGAAGUUCACCAAUACAACAUCUUGGCUAUGCUUGUCGAACACGAGAGGGCCGUCGCUGCUGAACAGCGACGGGAGAAGUGGUGGGCUAUUUUCCAAGGCAUCGACGGUCGACGCACCUUGAUCGCCGUCUGGCCUUACGUUGGCCAGCAAUUCAUCGGCCUCAAGCUAUUCUCGACUUUUGGAACCUACUUCUUCCAGCAAGCAGGAGUUGGAAACCCCUUUACCGUCAAGUGCAUUACUUCCUCCAUCCAGAUCGCUACCAUCCUCGUCAAUGUCAUGAUUACGGAUAAAUUUGGUCGCCGACCCCUGGCUUCGUCUGCCGUCACACUCGCAUGGAUUUCUUGUAUCGUUGUUGGCAUUCUUGGCGUGGUGCCCGAAACCAGCGCUCGAACCUACGUUUUUGUGCUUUUCGCCUGCUUUUGGAAUAUCGGUAUGGUUACAACGGGCGCUGUGGGUGCGGGUUUCCUCGGAGAAAUCUCAUCCAACCGUCUUCGCCCAUACACGGCUGGCUUUGCGAUGGGUGCUUCUUGCGUAGUUGGCAUCAUCAUGGACGUCCUCGUCCCAUACAUGGUCAACGCCAACCAGUGGAACUGGAGUCUCAAAACGGGCUGGUUCUACGCUGGGCUCGGGCUCAUUGCCACCGCCGGAAUGUGGUAUCUAGUUCCAGAGACGGCCGGACGCACGGCAGCAGAACUUGACGAGCUCUUCGAGAAGAAGCUCCCGGCCUGGAAGUUUUCGAAAACCGAGACUGCUACCGAGCGGUUGGUUAAGCAGGAAGCAAAUUGA